AUGGCGCCGAUCCUUCCAUUGAGGCUCCUUGGCCACGACAACGGCGAGUUCUUCGUUUUCGACCCCCGCUCGCGCCAGGGUGAGAAGGCACCGAGACACGACUGUGGAAUCCGAGGCGUGACCUGGGGUGUGACAAUCAGCCAGGAAAAGCUGGAAGACAUCAAGAGGCUGAUGAUCGAAACCCCUAUACAGUACAUGUGGGCGGACUGCGUUUGUAUCAAUCAGGAGCACCAGACAGAGAAGUCCGACGAGGUGGCCAGGAUGUACGAGUACUACAGCAGCGCCAAGCGCUGCCACAUCUUGCUCGACAUGGAGGAGACCUGGGAGCCGCAGCUCAUCGUCGACAACCCCCACUUCAUCAACCACGUCGUAUCCCAGAUUGACGGAGCGGCGAUGGCGUCCGAGUCUAUGCUGACGGACAACAUCACCAACAACCUGUCCAGGUGGGCCAAUAGCAAGUGGAACUUCCCAAUGCAUAAGUUGGCGGUUAAGUCGGCCGCUGUCGAUCUGGGAGUAUUGAAUUGCUACGCGACAUGCAUCCUCCACGUUCGGUCCCUGUUCGAAAACCUGUACUUCACUAGGGUGUGGACAUUCCAGGAAAUGUUGCUGGGGAAGAACGUCACCAUAUGGGGAAUCAACACAAGGGGCAUAUCCUCCAUCGGAGCACUCGACGCGUGGAUAGACCUCGCCACCGAAGCCAAAGACAAGGGGUACAAGCUACAGCAGUGGAUCGGUAAUCCCAGGUUCUUCAGGACCUCGUCUGUAACGGCAAUUCUGAGCAUCAUCGAAGAGGACAACCUGGCCCUGCGCGCGCUCCAGGCGCAGGUCGACGGCAUCAGCGCAGCAAGGACCGACAUCCUCAACGGAGGCCAUUACUGGUGGUACGAAAACUACAAGGGGGUUUGCAACGUCUUCUCGGCCAUCUCCAUCCAGCCGCGCGAGUGUACGGAGUGGGUUGACAUCUUCAGGGGGCUCCUGGGCGUCUUCUGCGGCCUGUUCACGCAGGAAGAGAUCCAGACGUACAUGAAAGGGGACGACAUGGAGACCGUCUCGUUCGCCUUCUUCAAGCAGCUGUCCAUCAAGACGGGACAGGGUUGGACCAGGCUCGCGAUCAGCAGCCGGGAGAGAGGCAAGUGGGACUGGAUACCGGUAGCAGCCAGCAACAGCAGGCUCAUGACGACUGACUGCUUCGCUGGCGUGGUCAAGCUGGGGCCCGUGGAUCAAAAGAACGGGCUUCUCCGCCAGGAGGACAGAGGUUUCCAUUUCGUCUUCAGGGGCUGCAACUGCGACAAAACGGUCAAGACCGGAACUUUCAAGAAGGAGAAGAUACCGCUCAAUGACCGGCCCAAGGGACGUGGUCGGAGACGGGACAGGCAGAAUACUGGUGCAAUGUACGACCAUCCUAGGAAGUAUCAUGGACCCGGCGACAACCUUGUCGAGUACAGGAGGAGGCUGCUUCGCAAGCUCCAGCCCAUGUGGCAUUACGACAGAUGCGUGAGCGGCACGCCUUGGGAAAACCCGUACCCGGCGUAUAUCAGAGCGCAGAACCACUCGAUGAACUACAGCAUGGGAGACAGGAUCAUCUCGUGCGAGGUCCGCGCAGUGUGCGGCUGCACCAUCAUCACUCCGUUGCCGUUCCUAAUAGCAGCUAUAACCGCAGUCCACGGAAGCUCCCUUGGGGACACCUUCGCCGGCGUGGAUUCGGACAAGCGGAUUGUCCUGCGAGAUGGGCUUUGGUUGAUCCAAGUCGGAGAUGUCGGGGAGGCCUUCCACCUCGUAGCGUUCAGGGGCGACGUUCGCGCGUAUAAGUCGCACGCCCCGGACUGCAGGAGCACAGCGGUCGAUCUGCCGGUGUACCACAACCGAGACUUGUGGCUCAAGGGGAGAGCCCUGGUGAGGGCGGACUUCCGUCACGACGCCACCGACAUGAUGAGAGACUAUGGUUACGUGGAGACAGGCGGCUCCGGCAAUUUGCUGAUCCGCAGAAGCCAUCCGUUGGAUAAAGACAGAAUUGUGGGAGUCUGCAUAGACGGGUAUAUGGAGACCAAGGACGGGGGCAUGGGGAGGAAAACAGUGACGGUUCAGUGA